UAUUUGGGUGUAAAUGCUGGAUAAAUAAAGUAGCAAUAACUAUAGCAGUAAUACGAACACCCCUACUAAGACAACGACGUAAACAACGCGAUCACACCAGGCAGAGUAGCGGCGCUAAUUAUCCUCUGUUUAAUGCAGUAGCGUAACAAUUUGUUCAAUAAAGACGUAAAAUUCCGCCUUAAAACUACUGUGAAACACUACUUGUCGUAAAAAUGAGCAAUAUAUACAUUCAAGAACCACCCACGAACGGAAAGGUCUUGUUAAAGACCUCCGCGGGUGAUAUCGACAUCGAGCUGUGGUCCAAAGAAGCUCCUAAAGCAUGUAGGAACUUUGUCCAGUUGUGUAUGGAAGGUUAUUACGACGGGACGAUAUUCCACAGGGUGGUACCUGAGUUCAUUAUUCAGGGUGGAGAUCCAACAGGGACGGGGACAGGAGGAGAGUCCAUCUAUGGGGGGACAUUUAAGGAUGAGUUUCACACCAGACUGCGCUUCAAUCGAAGAGGUUUGGUUGCCAUGGCCAACGCCGGGACGCACGACAACGGGAGCCAGUUCUUCUUCACGUUGGCACGUGCCGACGAGCUCAACAACAAACACACCAUUUUUGCCAAAGUGACCGGAGACACGGUCUAUAACAUGCUAAGGUUAGCGGACGUGGCAUGCGAUAACAACGAGAGACCUUUGAAUCCACACAAAAUAAGAACUGCUGAGGUGCUACACUGUCCUUUUGAUGACAUUGAGCCACGUGAAACCAAAAAAUCAAAGAAGGAAAAAGAAAAAGAGGAAGGAAAGAAAUCACAGUCAAAAGCCACAAAGAACUUCAGUCUGCUGUCGUUCGGCGAGGAGGCCGAAGAAGACGAGGAGGUGGUCAAUCAAGUCAGCCAGAGCAUGAAAGGAAAGAGCAAAAGCAGCCACGACCUUCUGAAGGAUGACCCCAGACUGAGCUCCGUUCCAGCUGUCGAUAAAAAAGAGAAGACAUCCGGCGACGAAGCAGAGGUAAGCCCAUUUAAAGUAAAAAAAAGAAGCUCAUCAAAUACCAAUCCAAACAUGUUCCCACAGGAGGACGAUGAGCGCGAGAAAAUGAGCGAGCUGGUUCGAGCCAAACUUACAAAAGAAAAAGGCGCGGGAAAAGCCGGCGAGUCCCAAGAUGAAUACGAGCGGGGGAAGAAAAGCAGCCGCAGCGAAGAGUUGCGCAAGGAAGUUCGUCAGUUGAAGAAGGAGCUCAGGGCAAUGAAGCAAAAAGACGACGGCCCCAAGCCAGCCACGGAUGAAGUCGAGGAGGAAAGCAAAGAGCCGACCAGCGAGGCUGUGGCCGAGUACCUGGAGGAAAGGAAGAAGUACGAGGAGCGGAGGAAAGACAAACGCAGGAAAGGCUCGGGGAGAGAGCAACAGACAAUGGAGCUCCUCAACCGUUUCAAGGACAAGCUGUCGACGGCCAUAAGCGAAGCCCCGGAGGAAGAAGAGGAUGAGGAAGAGCUCGCCGAGGAUGACGACAAAGGAUGGCUUGGCCAUGUGCUGCACUUUGAUGAGCAGUCCAGGAAGGUCAAAGAUGCAACCAUCCAGGACGAGGACACCUUUGAAAUCUACGACCCACGGAACCCCGUCAACAAGCGGCGACGGGAGGAGAGCAAAAAGAUCAUGAAGGAGAAGAAAGCUAAGCGUUGAAUUCGCACAAUGUCCCGGCGAGUGGACUUUGGCUUCAAAAUGUCCGAGAUAUACUCGGUGAAGCAAUUCCCCAACAUCUGGAUUCUAAUUGCGUCGUGACCACGAUGGGACACUUUUGGACUGCAAUUUACGAGUCAUUUGUGAUGUUUUUUUGUGACGGAACGGGCUGAUAAUAAAGUGUUACGGAGCUGGAACAACUCGUGAUUGAUUUCUGACCCAUGAUCCGUUGAUGUUGUUUUCUUUUGGUACAAUGACCACUCCACUAUAUCAUCUGAAACGAAUGGUGCUUCAAAACAAAUGUUGAACAAGUCGUCAUAUUGCAGCAGAUAAAGACUCAACGCUCCAAGACGUUAAAGUCUUUGGUGGUUUUAGGCACGUGUGACCAGAAGCUCCCUUUGGCAAGCACUCCAUUUUAUUUUGAGGAGGGGGUCAACCACACUUCUGGGAUUAUGCUUAAACAUGCAUGUGGAACAGGAAGUGGAGUUAAUGUUACAUUGGCCGCCACUAAUCUAAAACAGGUGCCACCGCAGCACCAGUGUACGUCGCCAAACGUGUCAUCGGGAUGUGACCGACACGCGUAACCCACAACGUCGCUCAUAUAAUUUGCUUUCAACUAGUUCUUCAGGAUAACCCCCACCUUUCACAAUAGACAAAUAAACAGAACCAUGUCACAAAGUCAGGAGAAAUCCUGUCCGUCAUGUUCAGCAUGAUUGACUUGGAAGCAAAGCGGUCUGGAAUCUUUGCACACCUUCUUCUUGAGGUUGACGCAUGGUCGGUAAUCUUUGGAUACCAUCUUCUUGAAGUUGAGAACUUCUGGAAAGAUCAAGAACCAACACUUGGAAUAAAUGAAAGAUCUAUAAAGAAUCAUAGCAUCUUCAAGCUAGUGACUUCAAGGUUGCCAUCAAAGCCAAGACCGGACGGGGGACAGAAACGGCAUGUCAAUGAAAGCCACCAGAGUAAUAACCUCCAUUACCAUUUGUCCUCAUUACCCGCCUGUCGUGAUUCACUUGUGAUGGAUUUAGUACUUCUCUCUCCUCGCUUGCUCUGAAGGACCUUCUAACCAAAACGGUGCUGUUUUUUCCGGUCCCUGGGCUUAAGUGAUUGGCUAUCGAUUCUUUAUGAAUGCAAUCCACUUACCUGAAGCCCGUAGAGGUGACCUGGAGUAGCUCGGAAUAGGCACCACGAAGAAGCGCUUUCUCAGCAACCGUGAACGUGGUCCAUAUCAAGGUGACCGUGACAUUGUGGCCGUUGGAAAACUUAUAGUUCAGAUUCAAACAUAUCUUUGGACCUCAGUCCUGGAACUUUUAUAAGUUUUGGGAAUUGUCACUUGUUUGGAUUCAAAACGAGUAUUCGCCAGUCUUGGCCUUUGCGUCGCCUCUCCAAUUUCCCCAAAAUGCGAGAUCCCUGCCAAAACCCUCCCGUCUUUCUGAAGUCGUCGCAGCUGAAGACUUUCUCUUCACAUCUUUGACAUCUUCCCCACCUCACCGUGUGAACUACUCCGAGGCUUUCAUCUGGUGGUUCGGUCUGGACAU